AAACACAGAUGUAUACUUGCUGGUCCUGACUGCAAGCAGUAAGGGUAUUGCUGCAAGUAUUUGUAAGAAGAAGCAAAAUUAACCAUAACUUCUACGCGGAGCUGUUGUGAGGACGAGGCAGAACUGUGUUUUUUUAGUGAGCGAGCGUCUGGAUUUUUCAUCGUGAUGUACAGCGGCUAAAGAAGUUACUGUUAUAUAUACACCCUGCUUUCUACAUAAAUAAAAAGGGCUAUAUCCUCCAAACAAUAAUUAUAUUUCAUCCGACUAUUCACAGUGAAAGUUUCAGCCACUUGUAUCUGUGGAGGAUUUUCUUAAAAAGUUUCAAACGCCACUGAACAGAAGCAAAGCACAGAGUGGAACGGAGAAUGACAUCUCACAACAUGACAUGGAUCAGCUACCCAAGCAAAAACUUGGCUUUCACCUCCCCAGAAGAAAUCGAAGCCUUCAUAGCUUCUCAAAACAUCAUAUCAAGAGUCAUGCACUGUUACAUCGCCUUUUUUGUACCAACAGGAUUAAUAGCUGGCAUAUGUAUUUUGAUAAUUUUCAUAAAGAAUUAUUUGCAGUACAAAGUCAUGGAAAACUUAGACUUACUACUGCUGCACUUCACCAUCAGCAAUAUUAUAAUGAUUUUUUUAUCAUUUACUGUUAUUCCUAGACCAGACUAUUUAAAAGCAGCACACCUUGCGUGUAAUGUACUGUCAUUUUUUUUCAAUUUCAGUUAUUUCAAUUCUCAGUAUGUUUUGAUUUUGAUGCUUCUCAUACUGUUACUCAAGAGAUUUCCACCAAGGACUGCUCUCGGCAAAGCAAUCCAAAGACCCGUCUUGUGUGCUGGGUUUGUACUUACAUACGCCUUCUGUUUGUCACUGACUGAGGCAGUGCUGGUUGGCACAGAGAACUAUCACUUGGAAACAGACUGCCAGUUAGAUCCAUUAUUUGCAUGGCCUGAGUACGAGAUCAUUAAAUUCACCUUUGGAUUUGGAAUCCCAUUAUUUCUUCAGAUACUCUGUUUUACUUUUCUCUUUGCUAAAGCAGCACCUGCGGAAGCGCCAGCCUUACAACAGCACAUUCGUACUUACCCUGCUCCAUACAUUAUCAGCAUAACAAUAUAUAUAUGCCGCCUAUUUUAUAAUGUUAUGCUUCUCUUCAGGACAACAUUCAAAUUACGGAAGAGCAUCGGAACUACAAAGAAUGAGCUGGUGAUGAAUAUUGCAGAAAUAGUAUUGUUCUGCGAGAGCUGUGCUAGUUUGGUAUUUAUACUUUGCUUUCAUAAGCCAUGCAAGGAUGAAAUACUUAAAGUCAUACAGAACUGCCGACGGCAAAACACGGCCAACAAUCACCUGGAAAUACCAGUAACAACUACAACCCGUGAAAGUGGGUCUCAGUAAUACUUGCUGUUCUGAAGAACUGUUCGUCCACUUUACUUUUUAAUUUGUUUAUGGGUUUUGCCUUGUUUUUUCACUUCUUUAAAAAAGGGUAAUCAUUCCUUCUUUAAAACCCAGGCUUGGGCUAUGUUACAGCUAGCAUUACUGGAAAAAAAUAUUUAGUUCUAGUUUUUGCAGUGAUCUAUGAGAAAACGUGUAGGGUCUGCAGUUGUUUGAGGUUUUUUUUCAGAUAUAUAUACACAUAUUUAACUCACCUGGUUUCUGCAAGCAUUACUUCAAAGCCAAGUAGAAAGUACUGUUGCCAUAGAAGUGUGCUUUUGUAAUAAUAUCAAUGCCCUAGCAAGGCUUCAAACAAAAACAUAGCAGAAAGCAACUUUGAACAAAGGUAGAAAUGUGCAACAAAGUGUUUUCUCAGGUGUGCUUCCCUCUUUUCACUUCUUACCCUACAAGCUACU